GGGCAAUAAAGCCACCUUUUAUAAGGUCUUACCGAACUCCCCAGUAAAACCGAGACAGCAACUCAAGAGAGACAGAGACCAAUGGCUUGGUGUUCAUUAAGGUCGCUCAAUGGCCUCACCAUCGACAUGGGUUUACUUCGCACCCACUCCUCGUUGGCUGCCGUCGGCAUCGGCUGCGUUUCCGUCGCUGGCUCCACCCUGUGGCGUUCUUCUUCCAGAAGACACACCAGUCCCUUUGCUUGCUUAUCAACCUCAGCUAUUACUAGUUUGAAGGAGGCUGUUGUGACUAACAAGGCACCUGCAGCCUUGGGACCGUAUUCUCAGGCCAUCAAAGCCAAUAACCUUGUUUUUGUCUCUGGCGUUCUCGGUCUUAUUCCUGAGACUGGGAAGUUUGUCUCAGGGAGUGUAGAGGAGCAAACUGAGCAGGUUCUAAAAAAUAUGGGAGAAAUACUGAAAGCUAGUGGUGCUGAUUAUUCCUCUGUGGUUAAGACAACAAUUAUGUUGGCCAACUUGAAAGAUUUCAAGAAAGUAAAUGAGAUCUAUGCUAAAUACUUUCCAGCACCUGCUCCAGCUCGUUCAACAUAUCAAGUAGCUGCGCUGCCUUUGGAUGCCAGGAUUGAGAUUGAAUGCAUUGCAGCCCUCCAAAAUGCCUAAUUAGAGUGAAGUUCUGCAAGAGUGAAUAAUAAAGUAGAAGAAGGCAUAUCGAGAACUAUAGCUUAGAAAAACUUUCUCAGUUCCAUUUUCAUUGCACGUAGUAAACUAAUAGGCUGUAAUUCUGCAUUAGUCCAUUCUUGCUGCUGUCAAGGUAUGUUCUGGGAAGUUCGGGAUCCAGUCCUGCCACUUUGGUGACCCUGGACUAAAUCCUCUCCUGUUAACUGUACUGCUAUUAUGUGAACAUUUUCUUAGAAAAUGGAUUGCCCAAUUGCUAUUUUCAGUUUCUUAUUCGGUUAAGCAAUAUAUAUGCAGGCUGGGUGAGUGGCUCAAAAUUGUGACCUGGCGGUUUGCUUGAUAUUUGCUAAUAAAAUUUGCUGCAUGUGGUUGUA